UAUCGGAGGACCUACAUAGAUGCUAGACAGACUUCAUCACCUAGUGGGACAGCAGGAUCUGGUAAUAUUGAUAACAUUUAUAAAAAACAUUUUCAGAUAACAUGGCACACCACAACCACAAAACUGAGUAUAUCUACAGGAAGACUGUUCCUUUAUCAGAAGAUGCAGUAAAGGUCCAGGGCUAUGACUUUAACCUGGGAGUAAACCAUCGAGCCCUGCUGCAGUCUUACAUCAACACAGGCUUCCAGGCUACCAACUUUGGCCUGGCUGUCCAGCAGAUCAACAGCAUGAUAGAGAUGCGCCAGCAACCGGUGAAGGCGGUGAAUGGAAGUGUCGAGGAAGAUCCAUCAGAUUGUCCCUGCCUCAUGAGCUGCAUCAUCUUCCUUGGUUACACCUCAAACCUUAUCAGCAGUGGAGUCAGGGAGAGUAUCCGCUACCUCGCAGAACACAAAAUGGUGGAUGUCUUAGUGACCACAGCUGGUGGUAUAGAGGAAGAUCUGAUUAAGUGUUUGGGCCCACUUUACAUUGGAGACUUUACUCUGCCUGGCAAGGAUUUGUAUAAAAAAGGACUUGACAGGAUUGGAAACCUUCUAAUGCCUGAUGAAAACUAUUCUUUAUUUGACAAUUGGAUGACACCAAUCUUAGAGCAGAUGCUGCUGGAGCAGAACACUCAGGGAGUUUGUUGGACUCCAUCUAAAAUGAUCCACCGACUUGGAAAGGAGAUCAACAACCCUACAUCUGUUUGCUACUGGGCCUACAAGAAUAACAUCCCAGUGUUCAGCCCUGCCCUGACAGAUGGUGCGAUAGGAGACAUGUUGUAUCUCUUCUCAGCUGAGAAACCUGGCUUGAUAUUGGACAUAACUGAAGAUAUAUCAAGGUUGAACAACAUGGCAGUGGCUGCCAACAACACAGGAAUGAUCAUCCUGGGAGGAGGUGUGGCCAAACACCACAUAUGCAAUGCUAAUGCAUGGAGGAAGGGAGCUGAUUAUGUGGUGUAUGUGAAUACGGCUCAGGAGGCCGAUGGCUCUGACUCCGGGGCCAGACCUGAUGAGGCUGUGACAUGGGGCAAGAUAAAAGCAGAUGCCAAACCUGUGAAGUUGUUCGCAGAUGCUACCUUAAUCUUCCCUCUAUUAGUGGCAGAAACCUUUGCUGUUAAUGCUGAUAAGAAGACUACUGGCAAGAAAAAAGAAUGAACCAAAUCCUCAAAUCCUACAUUGGUGACAGC